AUGUUAAAAAGUCUGCGCAAACGCAUUUUUGAAGGGAUCACCUUUACAGCGGCUAUCUCCACACCAGGCAGCGUUUUAGUUUCCUGCCUCGAGGAUCAAUUCGCCUUCUUCGAUUUUUACUCCCUCAAAAAGUCCUCCUAUCGCGUUGAAGGCUCUUCUAGGUGCGUUGUCAUGGACUUCGCUCGUACAAGCACUAACACAUUCCUUUCCGGAGACUUUGAUGGUGUCGUUCGUCUGUGGGAUCUCCGAAAUCCUCGGCAGUCCACUAGCGCUUCAGAAGCAGGUCGCAAUUUCCUGCCCAAAGGUGCUACAUUCUAUGCCGCAGCGGUUAGCUCUGACGCACGCCUUGUUUGUGCCGGUUCUUGUGUAGUGACUGGUAAGCGAAAGCAAACCGACAAAAAGGCCAAGAAAAGUAAGCGUCCACGCAUGAGUCUUGAUGAAGAAAUCGAUGGAAGUGGAUUCGGCGACAAUUACAAUGAUAGUGAAGGGGAAUCCUCUGCUUAUUUGAUUUGUUGGGACACACGGCAGAUGGGGCGACCUUUGCUAAUGCUGAAUGAUGUACAUUCUGAUGAUGUGAAUCAUCUCGUCUUUGAGACGAAUCCCCCCUCUGCGUCUUCCAGGCUGCUUAGUUGUGCUGAUGAUGGUCUGGUGUGCCUGACAGACCUCAAUGCUCCUCCUGAGGAUAGGUUAAUUGAGGUAUUUAACGCGGAACGUCAGGCGAACUACUGCGGUUUCUUCAAUCCUGUUGUCUCCACAGACAUCAGCACCGGUGUCUACGCCUUCGACAACAUGCGUUCACAUUUCACUGCGUGGCCGUUGGCUUCCGAGGAAGAUAAUUCCCAAUGGCAGAGAUUGAAGACGCCUCCUCAUGCCCGAUACCUUCUCUCCGCUGCCCGCCUACCAAGUAAUCAGCCAACUGCCUGUCUUUUGAGCACCUCAGCGGUGAAGCGGGAUCUUCGACUCUCAUUGAUGAAUCCAGAAAACACCAAAGUUGUUGCCAGACGACGGUUAUUCAAGGAGGAGGUUAAUUUGGACUCGGAUGCUUUCUACGCCGAUGUGUUGGGCUCUUCAACGAUGGAGGGGACUUUGGAAGUUUUGGUGGUGACACGUCACUCCGUCCAUCGAUUGCUGGGCAAGGUGACUGAAUGA